ACGACAGCGACAAUGAACCAGCUAAGCCUGAAUGAUGCUUAAAGAGAUGCUGCGGGUAUAUAAAGGGAGAUGAACAUGUUGGGGAGCGUGCACUCUUCACUCACUCUGACCAAGCUCCUAGACAGCUGACAAGAGAACUCCUCUCAAGACUCUCUAAAGAUGGCAAAGGUUUUCAAGAAGACCAGCGGAAACGGAGGCGUGACCCUCUACCUGGGGAAGAGAGACUAUGUGGACCAUGUGAGCAGUGUGGACCAAGUUGAUGGUGUCGUGAAGCUGGACACGACAGAUUUUGCAGACAGGAAAGUCUUCGUGCAGCUGGCAUGUGCCUUCCGUUACGGUAGUGAUGACCUGGACGUGAUGGGCCUGUGCUUCAGGAAGGACAUCUGGAUCCAUCAUGUACAGAUCUACCCUGAGAACCACAAGCCUACUCUGACCGCCAUGCACGAGACCCUGUUGAAGAAGGCUGGGGACAACUCCCACGCUUUCUCUUUCGAGAUUCCCAACAACCUCCCAUGCUCGGUCUCUUUGCAGCCUGGACCAGACGACAAGGGGAAGGCUUGUGGUGUCGACUUCGAGGUGAAAACUUACCUUGCCAAGGAAAAGUGCAACGCUGAUGAGAAGAUUGAAAAGAAAGACACAGCUCGCCUUAUCAUCCGUAAAGUCCAGUACGCCCCCUCUCAGAUUGGCACAGGACCCAAGGCUGAUCUCUGCAAAAGCUUCAUGAUGUCCGACAAGCCUGUUCAUCUAGAAGCUUCAAUGGAUAAAGAUCUCUACUUCCACGGCGAAGCAAUCGCAAUUAAAAUCAAAAUCAACAACGAGAGCAACAAAACAGUCAAGAAAUUCAGAAUUACUGUGGACCAAACCACAGACAUCGUCCUCUACUCAGCAGACAAAUACACCAAGCAAGUUUUCCUCCAAGAGUUCGGAGAAACAGUGGAGCCCAACAGCACCUAUGAGAACACUCUGUCCAUCACUCCCCGGCUCACUGAAAACAAGGAGAAGAGAGGGCUGGCACUGGACGGACGACUGAAGGAUGAGGACACCAACUUGGCCUCUACCACUAUGCUGCGAACGGGUUUGGAAAAAGAAGUGUUGGGAAUCCUGGUUUCCUACAAGAUCAAAAUUAACCUCAUGGUCGCCGGAGGAGGCCUGCUUGGUGGCCUCACUGCCAGUGAUGUCACAGUGGAGCUGCCGUUGAGUCUCAUGCACCCCAAACCAGAAGAGUAAAGAAAAAACAUCAGCUGUCUUAAAGGAAAACUCCCCCCAUAGUCGAGAGAGGAUGUUACCCCGGAGGAUGAACAGAAACAUAAAGGACGACAGAAAGACAACGAGUGUAAAAGACACCAAACAAAGAGGAGGAGGAAGACGGAUGCAGACGAAGUAAUGAAACUCUAUAAAACAAGCAAAUAAAGACAAACACUUCACAAGGAUACAAGAUGUAAUCAAACGUAUCACCAGACCCCAAACAGAUUGUGUUGUUCAUGUUUCUUCUGUGUGUAUUUAUCGUCAUGUAGCCGUAGAGGGAGGACUUCAAUUCCAACGUAGAGGGGAACCAAAGACUUUAGUAGAGUUACACAAAUAAAGUAUUUUUCAUUAAACUGCAGAUGAGCGGGGGGAAGAUAGGAAAUCAGUAUGAAGACCAUAAAAACCACUGUGCUUUGGAUUACAGUGAUACUCUCAUAUCGUUUUGAUGUUUUUUCUUCUGUGAAAUGUACCAGAUUAUGUUUUUGACGUGAAGUCAGAUAAAGUCAAAACAAUAA